AGCUCCUCGAAUAACGACACAGCCACUAAAGUCGAACCCUAUCUGGAAAAACGCAUUUAUGGCUUCUUAUUCUACAUCACUUCUUUCAGACAAUCAGCCUGUAAUAAUAAGGUUUCUCUAGUUUGUUUCUCUAUUGUACCACGAUGCACAUGCAGCUAGCUAGCGAAUCAACCCUACUUACAAUACAAUUUUAUAAAACUCUGUGGCUCAUUUAUCCUGUUUCAGAUUGGGGUUCAUUACCUGAACUACGACUCAUUCUCUUCUCCCAUCCGGACGACGGCGAAAAUGAUCGAGGUGGUUUGCAACGAUCGUCUUGGAAAGAAAGUCCGAGUAAAAUGCAACUCAGAGGAUACCAUCGGAGAUCUGAAGAAGCUCAUCGCAGCUCAGACAGGAACACGAUAUGACAAGAUCGUUUUGAAAAAAUGGUAUACCAUAUUUAAGGAUCAUGUGACUCUAGGAGACUAUGAAAUCCACGACGGGAUGAACCUGGAGUUGUACUACCAGUAGAUGAGAAGGACCACAAGUCAGAGAUGCUCAGACACAACUUCAUAGACACACAGCCAUGUUCAGCUGAAAGGGGGCGCCAUCCACCAGACAAAAACACACUGCUGUCUUAGUCUCAGCAUAAGCAGUUAGUAUGGUAAAGUUAUGUUCUGGUCAAAAUCCAGUGAUUUUGCUUUUCUGUAAAUAAAUGCAGUGUGUUCACAAGACAAGUUGCUGGUGAUUGUUGCAGCUUUGAAAAAUGAAUUUAUCUUUAAACAUCACCAUUUGGAUGAUUGUUUUGUGAUGCAGUGUUUUGUUUUGAUGUCAGCAAUCUCUGUGUUGAAAAUUAUUGGGAGAACACGACUAAUUGAUAGGUGAUCAAGAAGUUUUAAAGUCUGUAGAGAUGGAGUCAGCAGUGUUUCUGUGCAUUUUUCUGGACAUGUAAUUGAGUUUCUCUUCAUUAUCAAUCCAUUAUCUAAAAGGUUAAAACUAUCAAACAGGCAUAAUUUUGAUUCUUAUCUAGAUGUCUUUUGUUUUCUAUAUAAAGACGUAUGUUUUUUCCAAAACA